UUGACUCCCUUGUUAAAGUCAUCGAUGAGUGCAAUGUCACGGAGGCCUAGGGUUGGCAUUCAACAAAAAGAGGACAGACUAAGCGGUUUGCCGGACGUACUUAUCGAUCACAUCCUCUCAUUCCUUCCGACUAAAGAUGCCGUGGCCACAAGCAUCCUUUCAAAGCAUUGGAAACCAUUCUGGCGGGCACAGCAACUCAAACUUUACUUCGAUGACAGAUCCUUUCCAUCCACCUUCGCCUUUCUCCAAUUCUUCAGUUCUUUCAUGGAUAUGCGAGAUAAUACACUACCCAUCCUCUCAUUCCACCUCAUAUGUCAGUCCCUCUCCUACGUCGAUUUCCACCGUUUUGCUUUUGAGGCAAUUAUGAAUGGAGUUGAAAACCUAACUAUCGAUCUCUUCCUCCCAACCAGAUUGCCUCCUUUAGUUCUAACUAGCUUGAACUUGUUGGUCCUCAAAUUGAAGAGAGUGACAUUGAACAACGCUCCGAAUGUUGAACUUCCUUCACUCAAAGUUCUUCACUUGGAAUCGGUCACUUUCACUUAUCAUGAAUAUCUUGAAAGACUUGUAUAUGGCUGUCCCAUUCUAGAGGAGUUGGAAACAAAGGAUUUAAGAGUAGAGAUCCCUAAUAUGUAUCCUCCUACAGAUAUUUCAACCAUAUCCAAUUUGAUCAGAGCUAACAUUUCCGAUUAUCUUAUUCAGUUUGAGUGGCUUCAUAAUGUGGAGCAUCUCCACCUACAUCUGAACAGGAACCCACAUUCUGUUUACAGCGGCGUGUUUCACAAGUUAACGUACCUCGACAUUAUAUUCAACUUUGACCAUGAACCAUUCGCCAUUUUCAAGUGGCAAUGGCUCGGAAAACUGCUUCAAAAUACCCCCAUCCUUCAAACUCUUAUCAUUCAUGAAGUCUCUAAGGUUCAUGUUGAUGUACUACCCUCUUUUAAAGAGUGGGACUUGGAGCGGGAGUGGUCCGACCCAAAAAUUGUUCCAGAAUGCCUUUUAUCUCAUCUUACAACAUGCUCUCUUGAAAAUUACAGCCCCAUAAAUUGUGAGCUUCGAUUUGCAAAAUAUGUAAUGCAGAAUUCAAGACUACUAAGCAGCAUGACAAUUCAGAGCGACAAACUCUUAGAUGCAGAUGCAAAUUUACAAAUGUUCAUAGAUUUAUCUUCCUGCCCAAGGAUUUCACCCACAUGUAAACUUUUAUUUGUUUGAAUGAUGUCGAUCACAUGUAACGUUUUAUCUAUUUCAAUAGAAACUCUAUGCUUGUCACAAACAUACUAUUAACGAGUUUCUACUUUAUAAAUUUAUUCUUAAUCUUCUUGCAA